AUUUUAGGUUAUUUUAGGUUAAAUGUCACUAAAUUUUGUAAAGGUCAAAAUUCAGCUCAUUCCCACCAAAUCACUGUGGUUGCAUUGGCAAACCACGGUGAUUUAUGUCAAUGCUUUAUACAUGCCUGAUCUUGAAAUGACACGAUUCGCAAAGUUCGGGGAGAAAACUAGGAAGGCAGAAGAGGCAAGCACCUGGAAGGAGCUAAAGUCUGGGGCAGGCGCACAGAGUGACUUGACUCCACCUAAAGCCAUACACAGUCCUGCCAAACAACAGCAUGACAAACUGUCCUCACCACUCAAGGGUGUGAAAAAAGACAAACAGUUUAAAGCUGGGAAAGGCAAACAUGGAAAUAAUGAUAAAAAAAAAUCAUUUCUGAACAAGCCCAAAUUUAAUUCCAAAAAACCUCUUGAUUACAGUUCUUUGGAGUGUUAUAAUUGUAAACAGAAAGGUCACAAAGCCUCGGACUGUCCACAGCCUCCUGAUGGGAAAAAACUUGAAUUUCAGUGUUACAACUGUAAGGAGAAAGGUCACAAGUCUUUUGAAUGUCCAAAACCUAGUAAACGAGAUGGUAAAAAGUUUGCCAUGAAAAAGAGAGGCAAUGAACCUGAAAAGAAUAAGAGUUUUAAGUUCAACAAAACUGACAAAGACUGGAAGGAGAAGAGGUCAGAACAGAGACGAGUCAAGAGGCAAUCAGAAGCAGAAACAAAAAAGCACUGUUUUCACUGCCGUGAAGCAGGCCAUCAGAUGUCAGAAUGCCCCGACAUGCAGAAAGAUGUUGAACAUGGUACUGGCAUCUGCUUCAAAUGCGGUUCCACAGAACAUGCCAUUAACAAAUGCCCAGUUAAACUAUCCCCAGGAGAGUUUCCAUAUGCGAAGUGUUUCAUCUGUGGGGAGAUCGGCCACCUAUCUCGCCAGUGCCCGGAUAACCCACGUGGGCUCUAUCCGAAUGGAGGCUGUUGUAACGAGUGUGGAUCAGUGGAACACCUAAGACGAGAUUGCCCUGAGUUCCAGAAGAAACAAGGUAUUGAAAGUAUCACCCUUGGUCGACUUGAAGACAGCACCAGUCUUGAGGACCAGCCUUCACAAGAGCCGAGCAAAGACACCACCAUCAAACAGAAGACUAAGAAACCAAAACUUGUCAAAUUCUAGGGAUUGAAUAAUCAGAUAAUACAAAAGUUUACUGACAGUUUAUUUUAGCUCACAUAUUAUUCAACAAUAAACAGUAAAAGUAAUCUUUA